UGUACGAGUACAGUACUAGGGGGCAUCCACCCAUUUUUCGUGAAGAGAAAUUUACCCAUUUUUACACUUUUCCAAUAUUUUUGGUUCGAGAAAAAAAAUCCACAUAAUCUAAUAAAAUGUCUGGGAGCGAAGAAGCGAAAACUCCCGAGGAAUUCGUAGAAAACGAGAACGAACAGGAAUCCAAUUACAAGCCUCCGCCAGAAAAGACCAUUGAGGAAAUCUUACAGAUCGACCAGGAGGAUGAAAGUCUGAGGAAAUAUAAAGAAGCUUUACUGGGACAGGCGCAAACCGGACCAGUCAUUGUUGAGCCCGAUAAUCCAAGAAAAGUUAUUGUUAAAAGGCUGGUUCUAGUCGCCGCAGAUCGACCUGAGAUUGCCCUCGAUCUCACAGGUGACUUGUCGCAACUGAAAAAGGAAACCUUUGUGAUUAAGGAGGGGGUAUCGUAUAGAAUAAGAAUUGAAUUUAUAGUGCAAAGGGAAAUAGUACAUGGACUUAAAUACGUGCAAAAGACAAGCAAACUGGGCAUCCCAGUGGACAAAAUGACCCACAUGGUGGGUUCCUACGCUCCUAAAGUCGAAAUGCAGUCUUACACUACCCCACCCGAAGAUGCCCCUUCGGGUUUGAUGGCGAGGGGCGGUUACACCGUUCACUCCCUGUUCACGGACGAUGACAAAAAUGAGCACCUCAAGUGGGAGUGGACCUUCGAAAUCAAGAAGGACUGGAAGGAUUAAGGUGGGUUGGCACCUUAGUCGGCGGAUAAAGUUCUGUUUCUUUUGUGUUUGUCGAUGUGCCGACGGUUUACUAUAUUUUUUUUAUUGCAGACUUUUGUGGCAAGUUCUCAGAAAGUAUUAUAUCUACAACUUUGGAAGUAUUACCUUGCCUCAAACCUUAUCUUUUUAUAUAUUUGUGGAACCUUUUUGAAACCAAUUUACAAAGCCUUUUUGAAACUUUUACUGGUCAACCGAAUCAGUAGGGCCUUAAGAUUUUGCGAAAAGCGUAUAUAAGCUCAUUUUAACUAGUGUAAAAAGUAGUCUUUAUAUUUUUAAAUUUCAAUGUAUUUAGGGAUUUCGUGAAAAUUUGCAACAAUGUGUAACGUAACUGUUUCCUUUUAUGUCAUACACAAUUUAUGCUCAGGGCAUUUUCAAAAUAUAUGUGAUACACCCCACACUCUCCUACAUAGCCAUAAACCAGUUUUUAUUUUCUCAUGAUUGAAGAUUUAUACAUUUUUGCUAAUUUUCACGACUUCCCACAAUAUGCUAUUUCUUUCAAAGAAUAUAUUUUCUUUAUUAAAUCAAUGAAACAUGUGCUUUUACAAAAAAAUUAUAUAUAUUAUACAGGAGUGAAUAUAAAUGAAAGUAUUUUUCCUAGGAUAUUAUUUUUUAUUUAGAAUUGAUUUUUAUGCAAUUAUGCUUGGUACUCAAGUGCUUUAACAGUGUACAUUUUUCUUUUUACAUUAAUUGUAUUACUUUUUAAUCAAUAAAUGUGUUAUGUCCCCCUUAAAA